AUGGCAUCAAAACUUGGUGGUAUUGAAAUAGCUGAUGUUCAUAAUAAUUAUAAAAAUAUAAAUAUCGAAAUAAAAGGUAAAACAAAAGAAGGCAUUGAUGAUCCAGUUACAAUUGCCGAUUACAAAUCACAUUAUGCAAUAAUUGCUGAAGAAACAAUUGUAUUUGAUGAUGAUGUUGAUGGUUACUAUGAUACGUCAAUUGAUCCAGAUGAUAUAACUGUUUGGAUUGAUCCACUUGAUGCAACUAAAGAAUUUACUGAAAAUUUAUUAAAUUAUGUUACAACAAUGGUUUGUAUUGCAAUAAAAGGUGUGCCAAUUAUUGGAAUUAUUCAUAAGCCAUUUGGUACAUCUGAUGAUACAUACUGGGCUUGGCCAGAGCAUGGUUAUUCCAAAAAUUUAGCAGCAAUUAAAAAUACUGCUGGUGCUGGUUAUAAAGCACUUGAAGUUAUAUCUGGUAAUGCAACAGCAUAUGUACACAAUACACUUAUUAAAAAAUGGGACAUUUGUGCUGGGGCUGCAAUAAUAACUGCAAUGGGUGGUAGUGUUACUUCAUUAACUGGACAACCACUUGAUAAUUUUGGAGCAAAAGAUAAUGUCAGUCUAGAUGAUGGUAUUUUGGCAACAAUGAAACAUCACAAUUGGUACCUUGAUAAAUUUAAGCAAGAUGAUGAAGAUGAAAAUGACUGGUCAUCAAACGAGCCAGGACUUCAGGCUCGUUAUAAACGAGCAAAAUUAAAAUCUUAUAUUCCACCAGAUUUAACUAAUGAACAAUUAACACAAGAAAAAAAAUCAGAGCUGGAAUCAUUGGCUGCAAUUUAUGAAUUACUCAAAGAACGUAGUGAUAUUUAUCCUGAUGCAACAAUGAAUGAUUUAAAACAUCAAUUAAAUUUAUAUAAACCUGAUGAAUAA